AUGGUAUAUUUUUUAAGUGAAAAAGUUAAAUUAUUUGUUGAAGAUCUGAAGGAAAAAGUACGAUCAAUAAAACUUGAAAGUUAUGCAUUGGCUUUCGUUUAUCAACAUCAAAGAACUCCAUGGUAUGCGAAGCUAUCAAUUUUAAUAACUCUGGGUUAUUUGUUAAGUCCAAUCGAUCUCAUUCCAGAUUUCAUUCCUAUUUUGGGCUAUUUGGAUGAUCUUGUUCUUGUUCCAUUAUUAAUCCUAUUAUCGAUUAAGUUAAUACCAACUGAUGUUUUAAAAGAAUGUCGGGACAAGGCUCAAAACAAACUAAAUUCGACAUGGAAAUCGAAGAAAACAGCCUGGUGGUUUGCUGUUCUAAUUGUACUCUUCUAUGUAAUCGUUAUUUAUUUUACAGUCAAGUGGUUAAAAUGUAGAUGGUUCGAUUGA